AUGAAAAUAUCAAUUCCCAGAAAUUCUAUACGAAAUAGAUCAUUCCUUGCAUCGAAUUUGCGCAGGAAAUCAAUAAUUCAAGCUAACUUGAAUUUUAUGAAUGAAAGAAAUUAUACUGCUCAAGUUCAAAUUGAACCAGCAUUUCGCACUGAUAAAAUCAACAGAGACGUAAUAAAGGCGAAAAUUGCCGACAUAGAAAAGCAAAGGCCUUUCAAGAACUUCUUGACUGACAAAUUUCAAAGAAACCAUACGUAUCUUCGAAUUUCCCUUACUGAAAAAUGCAAUUUACGAUGCACAUAUUGCAUGCCUGCCGCCGGUGUUGAAUUGACGUCCAACGAGAAACUGUUGACGUCAGAAGAAAUAAUUCGGCUGGCAAAGUUAUUUGUUUCACAAGGCGUUAACAAGAUACGGCUUACUGGGGGGGAACCUACAGUGCGGAAAGACAUUAUCGAAUUAGUUGGCGAAUUGGGACGAUUGAAGCCUUUAGGACUUGAGACAAUUGCCAUAACAUCCAAUGGUAUAGCUCUUAAACGUAAAUUACCACAACUUGUAGAGAAUGGACUCAAUCUUCUUAAUAUUAGUCUAGACACCUUGGAUCCAUUUAAAUUCGAAUUGAUUACGCGUCGAAAAGGUUUAGAACGCGUAUUUGAAACCAUCGACUAUGCUAUUUCCUUAGGUCUUUCACCUCUAAAAAUAAAUUGUGUCGUCAUCCGCGGUGUAAACGACGAGGAAUUCUUGGAUUUUGUAGAAUUGACGCGUGAUAAACCUCUCGAUAUUCGAUUUAUAGAAUACAUGCCAUUUGACGGUAAUAAGUGGAAUCAAAAUAAGAUGGUUCCUUAUCAAGAACUUCUGAAGAUGCUUUCAAAUAAGUAUCCUGAUGUCAAAAAGUUAAUGGAUGACUCGCAUGAUACUUCAAAGGCUUACCGUGUACCAGGAUUCACGGGAAAAAUCGGAUUCAUUACAUCAAUGUCCGAUCAUUUCUGUGGAACUUGUAAUAGACUUCGAGUUACCGCUGACGGUAAUCUAAAGGUAUGCUUGUUUGGAAAUACAGAAGUCAGUUUACGUGAUUUAUUACGAAAUAAAGUGCCAGAAGAACAAAUAUUGAAGAUUAUCGGGAUGGCUGUUAGAAACAAAAAAAAGCAGCAUGCUGGUAUGUUUGAGCUGGCCGCAACUAAAAAUAGACCCAUGAUUUUGAUAGAUGACAAAUUAACAGCUGGAAUAAAUAAUUAUUCUACGCGAUUACAAAUACCCCUGUUCCAUCCACAUACAUUCAACCUCCUGGUCAAUUCACAAUUAAAACAAACAAUUCAUACAAAACACCGAAAUCUUCGCUUCUAUACUACAAAAAAACAAAUCAAAGAUGGUUUAUCAACUUCUGUUGCUAAUAACACAAAUUCAAAUAGCAAUAGCAGCGCCAGUUUAAGUCACAUUGACAAUACAACAGGAUCGGCCUCAAUGGUAAACAUAAUUCAAAAAACUCCGACCUUUCGAACUGCCACAGCACGAGGAAAAAUAAUCAUCGGUGAAAAAGCAUACAAUCUCAUUCGCGAAAAUAAUCUACAAAAAGGUGACGCAUUAUCCGUGGCACGAAUAGCCGGUAUUCAAGGAGCAAAAAGAACUAGCAUUUUGAUCCCGUUAUGUCAUCCUCUCUUACUUACUUGUGUCUCGGUCGAGAUGAACUUGUUGGAUUGUGGAAAUGCUGUGGAGAUUAUAGCCAGAGUAGAGUGUGAUGGGAAGACGGGAGUGGAAAUGGAAGCGUUGACUGCAGUUUCCGUUGCCGCUCUGACUAUUUUUGAUAUGUGCAAGUCAGUAGGUAAAGGAAUGAUAAUAAAGGAUAUUCGGAUUAUUGAAAAGACGGGUGGCAAGAGUGGAGUUUGGCGAAAUGAAGAUCCAGUUGAAGAUGUUUAA